CAGAAAACUUACAUCGUGGCUCUAAGUUCUGACAUCACCAACUUCUCAAGCCCAAGAACCUCAUAGAUUCAUCUGUAACAAAGACGACCACGAUGACAUCAUCAUCAUCAAUCACAUCAAAAAUGAUCUUGAAGCUUUUAGUUGACACAAAAACUGAGAGAGUUCUCUUUGCCGAAGCAUCCAAAGACUUUGUCGACUUCCUCUUCAAUCUCCACCGUCUGCCAAUCGGCACCAUCACAUACCUCCUAACCAAAACCAACAUGGUUGGCUCCUUAGGAAAACUUUAUGAAAGCAUUGAAAAUCUCAGCAACACAUACUUACUGCAACAGAACCAAGACAAAGACAUCUUGCUAAAGCCAAAAAACCUAAUCCCUCCUGGCUUCCUCUUACUACCAGAUUACGAAGGGGACAUUGAAGAAGAAGAAGAGGAAGAAGAGGAGGAGGAGGGGGAGGAGGAGGAGGAGGAAGAGGAAGAGGAAGAAGAUAGGGAAGGCGAUCCUCCUAUGUACAGAAUUAAGCGUCUGUACAAUGUGACUUUAGUUAAGAACAAUCUAUGUUCGAAUUGCAAUCCUAAGCUGUACAUGUGCAGGAAUAGGUGUCCGUACAAUGUAACUCUGGUUAAGAACACUCGGUGUUCAAAUUGCUAUGGUACUAUGAACUAUUCUGUGACAUAUGUGGGGAAGAAGGAGAUGGAAGUGGAAGGUUGUGGUAGGAAGGAUGGGUUUGUAAAAGAAGCUGUGAUGUAUAUGGUGAUGGAUGAUCUUGUGGUUCAACCUAUGUCUCCUAUCUCAUGUAUCACUUUGCUCAGCAAGUUCAACAUUAAAGAUGCUAGUUCACUACAAGAAAUGGUUGUUGAGUUUGGAAUCCAGGAGGGUAUCCAACUGUUGAAGGCUUCUCUACAGUGCAACAAUGCUUUGACAAGUGUUUUCCUCAAGGAUAUCAAGUUUAAGAAAGGAUCAAAUAUGAUCCUUCAUUAAUAUGCCAUUGUGUGUGUAUUAAAUAGUAUUACCUUUUUUAUUCUAUUUAAUUGUUCUUUGUCAUGGAUAAUUACAUAGUUAUGCUUAUCAAAUAUAAAUUAGAAUGGAUGUGAAUAAUAAACGAGGGUGACUUGAAGUUAUCAUGUG